GGAACUUCUCGCUGGGGGGAGUUUGGUGAUGGUGGGCUGCUGUGGGGAGAAUGUAGUGCAAGAAACUAUGAGUGGUUGGACGGUGAUCCAACUAAUGCGCUCUUGUCUAAGGUUAAAGAAAUUUAUGGUCUUGAUUGUGAUGCCACUUUUAGAAAUGCUACCGUUGCAUCUGAAAAUAGACCACGCCCUUUGCUCUUAGGAACUGCUACACAGAUAGGUGCAAUACCGACAGAAGGAAUUCCUUCUUUGCUAAAGGUGUUGCUUCCGCCACAUUGCACAGGUCUACCUGUUCUGUACAUAAGAAAUCUCCUUCUGAAUCCACCUGCAUAUGAGAUUGCGUCUAAAAUCCAAGAAGCAUGCCGACUUAUGAUGGAUGUAACUUCUUCUGUUCCGGAAUAUACUUGUCUCUCAUCCUCAAAGCUUGCCAAGUUGCUCACAUUGAGGGAAGCAAAUCACAUAGAAUUUUGCAGAAUGAAGACGAUGCUGGAUGACAUACUGCAAAUGUAUAGAGAUAAUGAGCUUGUUCACAUUCUACAUUUGUUGAUAGAUCCUACUUGGUUGGCAACUGGGUUAAAAGUUGACAUUGAUUUGCUGGUAAAUGAAUGUGAGAAUGUCUCUAGUACAAUUGGUGAACUGAUUUUUCUUGAAGGAGAAAAUGAUCAGAAAACAAGUUUCUCCUCUAUUAUUCCUAAAGAUUUUUUUGAAGACGUGGAGUCUUCAUGGAAAGGUCGUGUCAAGAGGGUUCAUUUGGAAGAAGCAUAUGCAGAAGUUGAGAAUGCAGCAAAUGCCUUAGAAUUGGCUGUUAAGAAAGAUUUCCUUCCUAUUAUUUCGAUAGUAAAGGCCACUAGUACUCCAUUUGGAGGGCCUAAGGGGGAGAUUUUGUAUGCUCGAGAGCAUCAGGCAGUAUGGUUCAAGGGGAAGCGUUUUAUGCCUUCUGUUUUGUCUGGGGCCCCUGGAGAAAAUCACAUUAAACAGCUUAAACCUGCUGUGGACUCAAAGGGAAAGAAGGUUGGAGAGGAAUGGUUUACCACAAUGAAUGUGGAGAAAGCAUUAACAAGGUAUCAUGAGGCUAAUGCUAAGGCCAAGCUUGAGGUACUGGAAUUGCUCAGAGGGCUUUCUUCUGUGUUACAAACUAAGAUCAACAUCGUUGUCUUUGCGUCCAUGCUGGUUAUUAUUGCAAAGGCCUUGUUUGGUCACGUGAGUGAAGGGAGGAGAAGGAAAUGGAUUUUCCCAACCCUUCGAGGGUCCAAGGACUGCAAGCCGCCUCGUGGGUUAAAUAUGAUGAAGUUAUCUGGUUUAUCCCCUUAUUGGUUUGAUGUAGUGCAAGGUAGUGCUGUACAAAAUACCGUUGAUAUGCAAUCACUAUUUCUGUUAACCGGGCCCAAUGGAGGUGGAAAAUCAAGUUUGCUACGAUCAAUUUGUGCUGCUGCACUGCUAGGGAACUGUGGAUUCAUGGUUCCAGCUGAAUCAGCUAUCAUUCCUCAUUUUGAUUCAAUUAUGUUACACAUGAAAUCUUAUGAUAGCCCUGCUGAUGGAAAAAGUUCAUUCCAGAUUGAAAUGUCCGAAAUCCGUUCCCUUAUUAAUGGUUGCACCUCAAGAAGCCUAGUACUUAUUGAUGAAAUAUGCCGAGGAACAGAAACAGCAAAAGGAACAUGCAUUGCUGGCAGUAUUAUAGAAACUCUCGAUGAAAUUGGGUGUUUGGGCAUUGUAUCAACCCACUUGCAUGGAAUCUUUGAUUUACCUUUGAAGUCCGAAAAUACCAUGUACAAAGCAAUGGGAUCCGAUUAUAUUGAUGGUCGAACUGUACCAACAUGGAAGCUUGUAGAUGGGAUCUGCAGAGAAAGCCUUGCAUUCGAAACUGCUCUGCGAGAAGGAAUCCCUGAAAAGAUAAUCCAUAGGGCUGAACAGUUAUACCAGUCAUAUUACAAUGGGCAGAGUUCUCCCUCUAUGGAUAGAGACCCAGAACAAAAAAAAUCAAAUCAUAAACCUGAUAUGAACAUGAUUGAUGAAAGGCCUGAUAGAUUCAAUGGUUCUAGACAGAAAUAUACGACUUCUACGCCAAAAUCCACGAACGUAACCAAAACCUGGUGCAAGGAGGAUUUGGAAAAGUCCAUUACCACUAUUUGUCAGGAGAAGUUAAUGAAACUCCACAAGAUAAGAAACACGUCCGAGUCUUCUAUUAAGUAUUUUAUGAUUUCUGUGCGGGAGCAGCCUCCUCCAUCAACCAUUGGUACUUCAACAGUGUAUGUGAUGCUUAGACCAGACAAUAAACUUUAUGUUGGGCAGAGUGACGAUCUUGGGGGCAGAAUCCGCUCUCAUCGCGCGAACGAGGGAAUGGAGAAGGCAUGCUUCCUCUAUUUCUGUGUCCCCGGAAAGAGUGUGGCUUGUGAACUGGAAACUCUUCUCAUAAACCAACUCCCAAAACAUGGGUAUCAGCUGACUAAUGUUUCUGAUGGCAGGCACAGAAAUUUCGGAACAUCUGACCACUCCUUCGAAGCAGCCCCAGUGUUCAGAUGACCUCUGCCACACCCAUGCUUGGGACUUAGGGUCUAGUUUUUUGUAUAAUAGAAUUGUUGUAUUUUGGGAAAAUUCUUGUAAGGUUUCACCAUUAUUGGGAUAGUGGCUGCAGCAGUUUUGGUCAAUUUAAGUUGCUCCACUCAGCAUUCAUAUGAAGGAAUGUUUUGUUGUAUAAGCCAAUGAGUUUUGCUUUGGGCAUUAAAGCUCAAAUCUUAUU